AUGCAUUUGCAACCAUUCGAUUACGCAUCCCAUACGGAUGACGUUGGCAUUGAGUGGCGUAAGUGGCUGAAAUCGUUCGAGACGAUGGUGCGAGCGAGCCGGAUCGACGACGAAGAGUGGAUGAAGGAUUUGCUGUUACAUUUUGCAGGCCCAAACGUUCAGCAGUUGUUCGAUACGCUACCAGAAUUACCGGAUAGUGGAAUGCGUGGCCCACUAAUGAAUGUGGAUACUUAUACACCGAACAUGUCAUGCUACGAAGAAGCUGUAACAAGAUUGAAUGCGUUUUUCCUUCCCAAAGAAAAUACUACCUAUGAGCGACACCUGUUGCGUCAAAUGAAGCAGAGAGUUGACGAGAGUAUCGAUUCUUUUACAGUUCGAUUACGCGUUCAAGCCGAACGAUGUGGUUUCGGAGAUAAAGUGGAGGAAAACGUCAAAGAUCAGAUAAUCGAAAGUUGCCAGUCAGCAGUAUUGCGCAGAGAUUUACUCAAACGAGGUGAUGCUGAUCUGCAAGAAAUUUUGAGAGUGGCUAAGAUCUUUGAAACAGUGGCGGUACAAGAAAAAUCUUUUGCUAAAGAAGCAUUGAAGCCCCUUGUCAGCGAGGUGAACAAAAUUGAUGUUAAACCCUCGUAUGAUAGAAUAAAUCGAUUCAUUGAUUCGACGCGUGUGGAAUACCAUCGUUGUGGAUAUUCUGGCCACAUGGCUAGAGAUGAAAAGUGUCCGGCGAGAGGCAAAUCAUGCAAUAAAUGUGGAGGACGUGACCACUUCGCAAAAAAGUGUCGUAAACGUAAGCAACCGAUAGCACCCACUGUCAAUCGAGAUGUUGUACCAAAAUCGGCUGACAAUGGAAGUGAUGGAAUCAGAAAUCAGGAAUCAAAUUCAAUCAAUCAAAUCGUUGACAAAGAGACGGAAUAUAUAUUCAACAUGACGACAUCUGAAAACGACGGUGAAGUGCAAUGCGAAAUAGGAGGCGUCGCCGUUUCAGCGAUAAUUGAUUCAGGCUCUAAAUAUAACCUACUGAGUGAAUCAGUUUGGGAACAAAAGAAAUCCAAAAAGUUAAAUGUUAGCAACCAAUCGCGGGAAGUAUCCAAGACCUUCAGAGUUUAUGGUGGACAGGAAUUGUCAGUUCUCGGUGUAUUUACUGCUAUCAUAAACUUGAAUGGUCGGAACGAAUCGGCUAUUUUUUAUGUCGUAAGAGGAUGCGGGAAAAUUUUAAUUGGUCGAGAUACCGCGACGGCCAUGGGUAUUCUGAAGAUAGAUAUUGCGGUAAAUGGAAUUGGUACGGAGGACAAAGCAGGACCUUUGGGAACCAUCAAAGACAUAGUUAUCGACAUUCCUAUUAAGCCAGACAUACCAGUUAUUCAGCCAUAUCGACGCAUCCCAGUUGCAUUAGAAAAGCUGGUUGACAAGAAACUGGAUGAGCUGCUGCGUCAAGGUGUCAUCGAAAAAGUGAAUGAACCUUCUAAAUGGGUGUCUCCAAUGGUCGUUGUGCCCAAAGGUGCUAAUGAUGUGCGCAUAUGUGUUGAUAUGCGGCGGGUAAACGAAGCAGUUGAGAGAGAGAAUCAUCCAUUGCCAACAAUUGAGGAUUUUCUUCCAGAUCUCGCCAAGGCGAAAAUAUUCUCAAGGCUUGAUGUUGAGAACGCAUUUCACCAGGUGGGCUAA